AUUCACUUAUUUUUAAAUAGAGGAAGUAACAAACUAACAAUUAACUUUGCCUUUCCUAUUUUAUUUGAAUACGGAACAAAUUUUAAAAGUCUUUCAUUUAUUUUUAAAAAAUUAAUAUCAAUUCAAAUUGUGUCACAGAAAUAGACGGGGGAGUUGUAAAAGAACAAGAUAGUAUAGAAAGAAGACGUAGGAAAUUCUGGUUUGUUCUAAUGGUCGGCUGUAUUUCUCUGCCACUUUCUUCAUUUUGCUGUUAAAACAAUACUUGUUUUCAGUCACAAAUUAAACACUUGUGCUCCUUUUACAAUUUGUAAUUUGAUAUUUGCCACUUCCAAUAUCAUUUAAUGUCACACUGAAUUACAUUUUUAGACCACUAAGCCAUGUUCCAUGUGAAAAUUUAUUUAUAUUUACUUUCAAGAUCACCUAAUUACCACUUAGAUAUUUUUGCUACUUCCUUUUUAUUCUGUGUAGCAAUUCAACUUCAAAAAGACGAUGACGAUAACAACAAUAAUAUAUUCAGUGUAAUCUCAUAAAGUGGGGUCUGAGAGUAGUGGUGUGUAUGUUGUUUAUCAUCUUAUCUUGAUCAAGUUCCCUAUUAGUGGAGCCAACAAUGAAGAAGAAUAACAACAAGCCCUUAGGAAUUCAAUUAAUAGAGAGCAUAAAGAAGUCAAGCCUAUCUUUCAAGACAUAUCAAGUCAUUGUUCUAAUUGUGACAUUUUUUGCAUAUACAAGUUACCAUGCUAAUAGAAAAACUACAAGCAUCGUCAAACAAGCACUUGAUCCCCAAUCCCUUGACAUUGGUCCAAAUUUCCCAUGGCAAGGAAAUAGUAUUCGGAAAUCGUUUAGAGAUGGUUGGUUUCCAUUUGAUGGCCCUGAUGGAACAACAUUGCUCGGAGACCUUGAUGUGGCUUUCCUAUUUGUGUAUGCCAUUGGAAUGUAUUUCUCAGGGCACGUGGGCGAUAGGAUGGAUUUGAGAGUAUUUUUGACCGCGGGAAUGUUGGGAACUGGUUUAUUCACAGCUCUUUUUGGAGUUGGAUAUUGGGCAAACAUCCAUAGUUUCUAUUACUAUCUUAUCGGUCAAAUGAUUGCUGGAUUGUUACAAUCCACUGGAUGGCCUUCAGUCGUUGCAGUAGUCGGAAAUUGGUUUGGAAAGAAGAAGAGGGGACUUAUAAUGGGCAUUUGGAAUGCUCACACGUCUGUUGGGAACAUUACAGGAUCAUUAGUCGCCUCAAUCUUAUUGAAAUAUGGAUGGGGUUGGUCGAUGGUUGUUCCUGGUAUCCUUAUUGCUUUUAGUGGCAUGAUAGUGUUCCUUUUGUUACCCGUGAAUCCCCAAUCUGUUGGAGGUAAUAAAGAUGAAGAUGAAGUGUUGUUAUCUCUCGGAAAAGAAGACGAGGAUGUGAAUGAACAACCUCUCUUGAGAUCUAGAUCAGACAGAGAAGAGGAAUCAGGCGCUGUUGGUUUUAUAGAAGCAUGGAAGAUCCCGGGUGUUGCAACGUUUGCUCUUUGCCUUUUUUUCGCGAAGUUGGUGGCUUACACAUUUCUCUAUUGGCUGCCUUACUACAUUAGCCACACAGCAAUAGAUGGACGAUACUUGUCAAACGAGGAAUCUGGAAACUUAUCAACGUUGUUUGAUGUUGGAGGGGUAAUAGGUGGAAUCCUAGCAGGUUACAUCUCUGAUCAGUUGGAUGCUAGAGCGAUAACAGCUGCUAGCUUCAUGUACUGUGCUAUCCCAUCUCUAUACCUAUACCGAAGCUACGGACACAUCUCUGUGACUAUAAACAUCAUCCUCAUGUUGAUUACUGGAGUGUUUGUGAAUGGCCCUUAUGCAUUGAUAACAACUGCUGUUUCAGCUGACUUGGGAACACAUAGCUCUUUGAAGGGUAAUUCACGAGCGCUUGCAACUGUCACCGCUAUUAUUGAUGGAACUGGAUCAAUUGGUGCUGCAGUUGGACCAUUUCUAACAGGGUACAUUUCAGCUGAGAGCUGGAAUGCAGUUUUUGUAAUGUUGAUGGGAGCAGCUUUGGUUGCUGGUUUGUUUUUGACUAGGAUUGUUGUAACUGAGGUGAAUGGAAAGAUUCAAGAAUUGAGAUCUCAAGGAUCAUCUAGACCAAUUAUGUCUACUAAUCUGGUUCAAGUGUGAUUGCCAUAAUAUUGUGUGAUAAUCCAAAUACCCAAUUUGGAUAUUAUUAGCCAUGAAAAAAAGGUGGAAAUGCUCAAAUCAACUUAAGAUGAGGAUAUGAAUUCUUCAUCAUUUUGUGAGAUGGACUCUGAAAGGGAGAAAACUAGAGAUGACUCCUUGAGAUCAUCACAUAAACAUAUUCAUUCACAUGUACAUUUUGUGUGCCUCCGGCGGUGGAAAUUUUUCGUUGUUUGCUACUUUGUUUAUUUCAAUUUGAUUGUCUGAGUUUAACUUGAGACGAAUUUUUUAAAAAUAAGAAUAAUUUUUGAAUCUUGUGA